AUGGCUCCACAAGGAAAUGAGGACAAGAAGCAGAGACCAAGAGUUGGAGCAGGACUCGAGAAUAUGGGCAAUACCUGCUUCCUCAAUGCUGUCCUCCAGUGCCUCACCUACACCCCAUCUCUGGCAGACUACCUGCUCUCUCGGGAGCACAGCCAGUCCUGUGUUCGACCAGGCAACUGUGUGAUGUGCAGAGUGCAGGAGCACGUGUGCAAGGUCCUGCAUGCCACAGGAUCUGCCAUCGUGCCUGUGGACGUCAUCACUGCUCUCCCAGAAAUCGGAGAACAUUUCAAGCUCGGCGUGCAGGAGGACGCCCACGAGUUCUUGCGCUUGACUCUGGACGCCAUGCAGAGAGCUUGUCUGUGUGACGGCAGCUUGGACACGUCUUGUCAGCACACCGUCAUCCAUCAGAUAUUUGGGAGCUUUCUGAGAUCCAGAGUCUGCUGCUCAAGCUGCCAAGUUGUUUCUGAUGCCUACGAUCCCUUCCUGGAUGUCCUUCUGGAUAUAAAAGCAGCGGCAUCUCUUUCUGAAGCUCUUGAUACAUUUGUGAAACCCGAGCUGCUGGAUGCCAGAAGCGGCUUUAGAUGUCGCCAGUUUGUGAGGUAUCCCAAGGUCUUGGAUCUUGGGCCAUACACAACAGCAGGAGAAGCGCAGCACUACUCCUUGUACGCUGUGCUGGUGCACAAAGGAGAGAGCUGUUACGUGGGACACUAUUUCUGCUACAUCAAGGCCAGUAAUGGGCUGUGGUACAAGAUGGAUGACUCCUCUGUGACUCCUUGUGAUGUUAACACAGCUCUGCAGCAGGAAGCCUAUUUACUGUUUUAUGACAGGAUUGAGCAGAGUUCCGGGAGCCGGCUCCCACUGGCCUGGGUGAAGGAUGAGGAGAAAGAGAUCAGUCUCCCCAUCCCGAACAAGGUGGCCCAGCUGCAGGAGACAAUUCCUGCUAUUCAUCUGGAAGAAGGAAGAGGGCCAGAAGAUGGUUGA